CCUCACAAGAGGUGCCUAAAAGUCCUAAAAGUAAUUAUUUUGCUGGCAGAAGUAGAUCAUAAGGGUCCAAUGGAAAAUCAAAAAACGGGUUCAAAAGAGGGCUCCUUGGAAAACAAGUUUGACUACGACGUUGUGUUACUGGAUAUUGAAGGAACAACAACGCCAAUUUCGUUUGUCAAGGAUGUUCUUUUUCCAUAUGCAAGGGACAAUGUACGUGCCUUUUUAGAGAAAUCUUGGGGAACUGAUCAGUGUCAAGAGGAUGUGAAGGCUUUGAGAAAUCAGGCCAAGAAAGACAAAGAUAUGGAAGAUAUUGUUUUAAUUCCAGAUGAAGAGGAGAAUCUUUCUGAAGAUAAUUCACGGACAAGUAAGGAAACCAUCAUGGAUGCUGUUGUUGCAAAUGUCAUCUGGCAGAUGAAUUCAGAUAGAAAAACAACUGCCUUAAAACAACUCCAAGGCCAUAUUUGGAGAAAAGCAUUUAAUGAUGGUGUUAUUAAAGGAGAGGUGUUUGAUGAUGUUGUUACAGCAUUCAAAAGAUGGACUUCAAACAAAAUCAAAAUUUAUAUAUACUCAUCUGGAAGCACAGACUCUCAAAAGCUUCUGUUUGGUAACUCUAAGUUUGGCAACAUUUUACAGUAUAUAAGUGGACAUUUUGACACCACAGUUGGAGCUAAAAUUGAGUCAGAGAGCUACAGUAAAAUUGCUGAUGCAGUAGAUAUGAAACCCUCAAGAAUUCUAUUUAUCACUGAUAUUGUUAAAGAAUCAAGAGCAGCAUUUAAGGCAGGAUACAGAACUGCUAUCAGUGUUCGGCCUGGCAAUGCACCAUUGACAGAUGAAGAUAAAAGGGACUUUAAAGUGAUAUCUACAUUUGAUGAGUUAUUUGAGGACACUGAAGAGCUGAGUCAUGCAACAAAGAAAUCAAAAGUUGCUGAUUGAUAAUUAUUUCUGUGAACCUUAAAUAUCAAAGAACAAAUGGUGGUGGGGAUUUUUCCUUGCAAGGGAGUUAAGAAAGAUGAAAGGCACUAAGCUUGUCAGUCACAAGACUGCAUCUGACUCAGUCCCAGUCCUUUGGGAAGCAUGCAAGAGGUGAGGUGCAUGUGAGGGAAGAUGGGAAGGGGGUGAAUCUCCUCUCUCUCCUCCCCCUUCCCAGUGACCCUUUCACAUCUGUGGUGACUGACCUAGACUGCAUAUGAAAAAUAAGCAACCACAGGAGGGGGAUCAGAGACUGCAUUGAAACUGAUAAUACAAACUCAACCAACUGUAUGCUGAAUGUUGUCAACAGCAGGAUGAUUGGAUCUGAUUGUUUGGUAACAACCCUAAUUCAAUAAAAACCGAUUACAUAGAAA